AUGUCCACAUCACCAAUCACACAUCUCUAUCGUUCACUUCUGCGAGAGCUUCGAUUAGUCUCUCAAAAGCCUCGCUCGGUCCGAAAUCCUACCGUUUUGCAACACGUUCGAACGAUAGUAGAUACUUCUUCAGAUAAACAAACGCUAUCGCGCACAUUGUUAGAAACGAGGGAUUUCCUUCGAUCGUCCAGGAUACAUGCGGAACUACUGAAGCGAUAUAAUCCUAUACAUGGCAUGACAGAAGAAGAACGAAUAAAGGCUACAGCUAGGAGGGUGGGAUUAGAUGUACCUUUAGAGUUUAAGAAUGAGAAGGAAUAG